CCUGCCUCUCCCCUUCCCAUGCCCGUGCCAGCCUCCCCGCAGGACCCCACAGUGGACAUGGGCAGUGCCCUGGGACCGGCCCUGCUGCUCACCUCCCUGCUGGGGGCCUGGGCGGGGCCGGGGCCAGGUCCAGGGCCAGGCCAGCCGUCUGUGACAGUAGCCGUGGUGUUCGGCAGCUCAGGGUCUGCACAGGCCUCGGGCCGCACUCGCCUCACCCCGCAGAACUUCCUGGACUUGCCCGUGGGGAUCCAGCCACUCACCGUGGGGGUGAACCACACCAACCCCAGCAGCCUCCUGACGCAGAUCUGCGGGCUCCUGGGGGCCACUCGCGUCCACGGCAUCGUGUUCGAGGACAACGUGGACACGGAGGCCGUGGCCCAGAUCCUUGACUUUGUCUCUUCCCAGACCCACGUGCCCAUCCUCAGCAUCAGCGGUGGUUCUGCGGUGGUCCUCACCCCGAAGGAGCCGGGCUCCGCCUUCCUGCAGCUGGGCGCGUCGGUGGCGCAGCAGCUGCAGGUGCUGUUCAAGGUGCUGGAGGAGUACGACUGGGGCGCGUUCGCCGUCAUCACCAGCCUGCACCCCGGCCACGCGCUCUUCCUGGAGGGCGUGCGCGCCGCGGCCGACGCCGGCGCCCCAGGCUGGCGGCUGCUGGACGUGCUCACGCUGGAGCUGGGCCCCGGCGGGCCGCGCGCGCAGACCCAGCGGCUGCUGCGCUCCAUCGACGCGCCCGUGCUGCUGGCUUACUGCUCGCGCGACGAGGCGCAGGUGCUCUUCGACGAGGCGGCGCGCGCCGGCCUGGUGGGGCCCGGGCACGUGUGGCUGGUGCCCAACCUGGCGCUGGGCAGCACCGACGCGCCCCCGGCCACCUUCCCUGUGGGGCUCAUCAGCGUGGUCACGGAGAGCUGGCGCCUCAGCCUGCGCCAGAAGGUCCGCGACGGCGUGGCCAUCCUGGCCCUGGGCGCCCACGGCUACCGGCGCCAGCACGGCGUCCUCCCCACCCCGGCCGAGGACUGCCGCGGCCACCCCGGACCAGUCAGCCCUGCCCGGGAGGCCUUCUACAGGCACCUGCUGAACGUCUCGUGGGAGGGCCGGGACUUCUCCUUCAGCCCCGGGGGGCACCUGCUCCAGCCCACCAUGGUGGUCAUCGCUCUCAACCGGCACCGCCUCUGGGAGAUGGUGGGGCGCUGGGAUCACGGCAUCCUGCACAUGAAGUACCCGGUGUGGCCUCGCUACAGCGCCUCGCUGCAACCCGUGGUGGACAGCCGUCACCUGACAGUGGCCACGCUGGAGGAGCGGCCCUUUGUCAUCGUGGAGAGCCCCGAUCCCGGCACGGGCGGCUGCGUGCCCAACACGGUGCCCUGCCGCCGGCAGACCAACCAGACCUUCAGCGGGGACGCUGCCCCCUACACCAAGCUCUGUUGCAAAGGCUUCUGUAUCGACAUCCUUAAGAAACUGGCCAAGGUGGUCAAGUUCUCCUACGACCUUUACUUGGUGACCAAUGGCAAGCACGGCAAGCGGGUUCGAGGCGUGUGGAACGGCAUGAUCGGGGAGGUGUACUACAAGCGUGCGGACAUGGCCAUUGGCUCGCUCACCAUCAACGAGGAGCGCUCCGAGGUCGUCGACUUCUCUGUGCCCUUCGUGGAGACGGGUAUCAGCGUGAUGGUGGCACGCAGCAACGGCACUGUCUCCCCCUCGGCCUUCCUGGAGCCCUACAGCCCGGCCGUGUGGGUAAUGAUGUUCGUCAUGUGUCUCACCGUGGUGGCCAUCACGGUCUUCAUGUUCGAGUAUUUCAGCCCUGUCAGCUACAACCAGAACCUCACCAGUGGCAAGAAGCCCGGGGGCCCAUCCUUCACCAUUGGCAAGUCGGUGUGGCUGCUGUGGGCACUGGUCUUCAACAACUCGGUGCCCAUCGAGAACCCCCGCGGCACCACCAGCAAGAUCAUGGUGCUGGUGUGGGCCUUCUUCGCCGUCAUCUUCCUCGCCAGCUACACGGCCAACCUGGCCGCCUUCAUGAUCCAGGAGCAGUACAUCGAUACGGUGUCUGGCCUCAGCGACAAGAAGUUCCAGCGGCCCCAGGACCAGUACCCUCCCUUCCGCUUUGGCACUGUGCCCAAUGGCAGCACGGAGCGGAACAUCCGCAGCAACUACCGCGACAUGCACACGCACAUGGUCAGGUUCAACCAGCGCUCGGUGGAGGAUGCGCUCACCAGCCUCAAGAUGGGGAAGCUGGACGCCUUCAUUUACGAUGCAGCUGUUCUCAAUUACAUGGCGGGCAAGGACGAGGGCUGCAAGCUGGUCACCAUCGGCUCGGGCAAGGUCUUCGCCACCACAGGCUAUGGCAUCGCCAUGCAGAAAGGCUCCCACUGGAAGCGGCCCAUCGACCUGGCACUCCUGCAGUUCCUGGGGGACGGGGAGACCCAGAAGCUGGAGACACUGUGGCUGUCGGGGAUCUGCCAGAACGAGAAGAAUGAGGUGAUGAGUAGCAAGCUGGACAUCGACAACAUGGCGGGCGUGUUCUACAUGCUGCUUGUGGCCAUGGGGCUGGCGCUGCUGGUCUUCGCCUGGGAGCACCUGGUCUACUGGAAGCUGCGUCACUCUGUGCCCGAUGCAUCCCGGCUGGACUUUCUGCUAGCCUUCAGCAGGGGCAUCUACAGCUGCUUCAGCGGGGUGCAGAGCCUGGCCAGCCCCGCGCGGCCGCCCAGCCCGGACCUCACGACCAGCUCGGCCCAGGCCAGCGUGCUCAAAAUGCUGCAGGCCGCGCGCGACAUGGUGACCACGGCCGGCGUGGGCAGCUCCCUGGACCGCGCAGCGCGCACCAUCGAGAACUGGGGCGGCGGCCGCCGGGCAUCCCCGUCGCCCGCCUGCCCCUGCUCCCGGCCCUCCACCCCCGGCCCUGGCCCCGGCCCCGAGUCCGGCCGCCGCAGGCUCCCGCAGCUCCCGGGCCAGCCCCCGACGGCUGCGCCGCCCCCGCCCGACGGCUGCCGGGGCUGCGGCCGAGCGGCCUGCGGGGCGCGGGGCCCGGGCCGGGCGGGGCGCGGCGGGCGCCACGUCUGGGCCUGCGAGCGGCGCGCGCUCCCCGAGCGCCCCCUGUCUCCCGAGUGCCGCCACUACAGCUCCUUCCCCCGAGCCGACCGGUCGGGACGCCCCUUCCUCCCGCUCUUCCCAGAGCCCCCCGAGUCCGAGGACCUGCCGCUGCUCGGGCCGGAGCAGCUGGCGCGGCGGGAGGCGCUGCUGCGCGCGGCCUGGGCCCGGGGUCUGCGCGCCCGCCACGCCUCCCUGCCCAGCUCGGUGGCCGAGGCGUUCGCCGCCCGCCCCGGCUCGCUUCCGGCCUGCUGCGCCCGCCUGGGGUGCGGCCACUGGGUGCCCGCGCAGUCCAUGCGACUCCCGUCCUACCACGAGGCCUGCCAGGAAGGAUGGUGGGCAGCGGUGCCCACCUGGCCGCACAGACAGCACGUGUGCCCCCACGCGCACGCCCCCCUGCCGCUCUGCUGGGGGCCGGUCUGCUCUUCCCUCCCGCCCUGUGCCAGCCAUAGCCCCUGGCUCUCUGGGGCCUGGGGGCCACCGGGGCACAGAGGUAGGACCCUGGGACUGGGCACGGGCUACCGGGACAGUGGGGGCUUGGAGCAGGCGUGCAAGCCGGCUUGUGGGGUGCACAGCUAUCCCGGACUUUGCACCUGGAGGCGGGUCUCCAGCUUGGAGUCGGAGGUGUGAGCGUGGCAGCCCGAUCCUCUGCCUGGCACUGCCUCCGUGAGGGCGCAGGUGGGCCAGGGGCCUUUCUGGCUUCUGCCGUCAGACCCUGCCCACUGGGAUCGCCAGCAGCUGAUGACAUC